AUGGCAUGGCUUAGAGUUGCUUCCAGCAUAACAAAGCAUGAUGCAAUUAGGAAAAAUCUCUAUGGAGGUAGAGCAUUGUAUUGUGUGAAAAGGACCACCACAGUUCUUCCAUCAACAUGUAGAAUUAGAAACUUCCACACCACAGUUUUCAAAUCCAAAGAGCAAACUGCACCGGUGCCUCGCCCCGUGCCCCUUUCUAAGUUAACAGACAACUUCUUGGAUGGGACAAGUAGUGUCUAUUUAGAGGAGCUUCAAAGGGCUUGGGAAGCUGAUCCAAACAGUGUUGAUGAGUCCUGGGACAAUUUCUUCAGGAACUUUGUGGGUCAGGCUUCCACCUCCCCUGGAAUUUCUGGACAAACAAUCCAGGAGAGUAUGCAAUUGCUGUUGCUGGUGAGAGCAUACCAGGUUAGUGGCCACAUGAAAGCCAAGCUAGAUCCUUUGGGUCUGGAAGAACGAAAAGUCCCUGAUGAGUUAGACCUUGCCUUUUAUGGCUUCACCGAGGCUGAUCUUGACAGGGAGUUCUUUUUGGGGGUGUGGAAGAUGUCCGGGUUUUUGUCUGAGAAUCGUCCUGUGCAGACUCUUAGGUCCAUUUUGACACGGCUUGAGCAAGCCUACUGUGGAAGCAUUGGAUAUGAGUACAUGCACAUACCGGAUCGUGAGAAAUGUAAUUGGCUACGGGACAGAAUUGAGACCCUGACGCGUACAGAGUAUAAUCGGGAGCGUCGUGAGGUUAUAUUUGAUAGGCUUGCCUGGAGUACACUUUUUGAGAAUUUCUUGGCCACCAAGUGGACAUCUGCAAAGAGAUUUGGGCUUGAAGGGGGAGAGAGUAUCAUUCCUGGUAUGAAAGAGAUGUUUGAUCGGGCGUCUGAUCUUGGGGUUGAGAGCAUAGUUAUGGGAAUGGCACAUAGGGGAAGAUUGAAUGUUUUGGGUAAUGUAGUUCGGAAGCCACUUCGUCAGAUUUUCUGUGAGUUUAGUGGUGGUGAACCUGCGGAUGAAGUUGGACUCUACACUGGAACUGGUGAUGUUAAAUAUCACUUGGGAACAUCUUAUGAUCGCCCGACCAGGGGUGGAAGGAGGAUACAUCUGUCUUUGUUGGCAAAUCCUAGUCACUUGGAAGCAGUCAAUCCACUUAUUGUUGGAAAAACUCGAGCAAAGCAGUAUUACUCUAAUGAUGCGGGCAGAGUGAGAAACAUGGGGGUUUUGAUUCAUGGAGAUGGUAGUUUUGCUGGACAAGGUGUGGUCUAUGAAACCCUUCAUCUUAGUGCUCUUCCAAAUUACACUACUGGAGGGUCUAUACACAUUGUGUUCAACAACCAAGUUGCAUUUACAACUGAUCCCAAGUCAGGAAGAUCCUCACAAUACUGCACUGAUGUCGCCAAAGCCUUAAAUGCUCCCAUAUUUCAUGUGAAUGGUGAUGAUGUGGAAGCGGUCGUUCAUGUCUGUGAACUAGCAGCUGAAUGGCGCCAAACUUUCCAUUCGGAUGUGGUCGUCGACUUGGUUUGUUACCGUCGAUUUGGCCACAAUGAGAUUGAUGAACCAUCUUUCACACAGCCUAAAAUGUAUAAGGUCAUCCGAAACCAUCCAUCAGCUCUUGAGAUCUACCAGAAAAAACUUUUGGAAUCUGGGGAGCUGACACAAGAAGAAAUUGAUAAGAUACAUAAAAAGGUCACGUCAAUUCUAAAUGAUGAAUUUUUGGCUAGCAAAGAUUAUGUUCCAAAAAGGAGAGAUUGGCUUUCAGCAUAUUGGUCUGGUUUCAAGUCACCUGAACAAAUUUCACGCAUCCGGAACACUGGUGUGAAACCAGAGAUCUUGAAAAAUGUAGGGAAAGCAAUCACAAUAUUACCUGAAAAUUUUACUCCUCAUAAAGCAGUGAAGAGAAUUUAUGAACAGCGUUCCCAAAUGGUUGAAACAGGGGAAGAUAUUGACUGGGGAUUUGCAGAGGCUCUUGCUUUUUCAACAUUGAUUGUUGAAGGAAACCAUGUUCGGUUAAGUGGUCAGGAUGUUGAAAGGGGAACAUUUAGUCAUCGGCAUGCUGUAGUUCAUGAUCAGACAACUGCAGAGCGAUAUUGCCCCCUUGACCAUGUCAUAAUGAAUCAAAAUGAAGAGAUGUUUACUAUUAGUAAUAGCUCACUUUCUGAGUUUGGUGUUCUUGGAUUUGAAUUGGGUUACUCGAUGGAAAAUCCUAAUUCAUUGGUGAUCUGGGAGGCUCAAUUUGGUGAUUUUGCUAACGGGGCUCAAGUUAUAUUUGACAAUUUCUUGAGUUCUGGUGAGUCUAAAUGGCUCCGUCAGACUGGGCUUGUUGUGUUACUUCCUCAUGGUUAUGAUGGCCAGGGACCUGAGCAUUCAAGUGGAAGACUGGAACGCUUUCUUCAGAUGGCUGAUGACCAUCCUUAUACUAUUCCUGAGAUGGAUCCUACUCUUCGGAAACAAAUUCAGGAGUGUAAUUGGCAGAUUGUGAAUGUUACAACUCCUGCAAAUUUUACUCUUCGGAAACAAAUUCAGGAGUGUAAUUGGCAGAUUGUGAAUGUUACAACUCCUGCAAAUUUUUUCCAUGUUUUACGGCGGCAGAUACAUAGAGACUUCCGUAAACCUCUUAUUGUAAUGUCCCCUAAGAACCUGCUUCGUAGUAAGGUUUGCAGAUCAAAUUUAUCUGAGUUUGAUGAUGUUCAAGGACACCCUGGUUUUGACAAACAGGGAACCAGAUUUAAGCGCCUCAUAAAAGACCAAAAUAAUCACUCAGAUGUUGAAGGGGGUAUCAGACGUUUAGUACUUUGCUCUGGAAAGGUUUACUAUGAACUUGAUGAACAACGAACAAAGGAAGAUGCAAAGGAUGUUGCAUUAUGUAGGGUGGAACAGCUUUGUCCUUUCCCUUAUGAUCUUGUUCAACGAGAGCUUAAACGAUAUCCAAAUGCGGAGGUUGUUUGGUGUCAGGAAGAGCCAAUGAACAUGGGUGGAUACACCUAUAUUUUACCCAGGCUCAUAACUUCAAUGAAGGCUGUAGGUCGGGGAGGUUAUGAAGACGUUAAAUAUGUUGGUCGUGCUCCUUCUGCAGCCACAGCUACAGGUUUCCUCAAGGUUCACCUUAAGGAGCAGGCUGAGCUAGUUCAGAAAGCCAUUCAACGGGAACCAAUCAAUUUCCCAUACUGA